CGUCCGACGUCGUGUUUACAAGCCGAGGAAGAAGAAGAAGAAGGAUAACGUUAGUUAGCUUCAAGUAGCUUCUAUCCGUAAAGACGAAGAGUCCGGUCUCUUCCUAGUUUACGUCGUCAUAUUGAUAAUGUUUUAAAGCGACAUCAUGUUGGGUAAUGUUACCUGAAUCAAGUGCCUCAGUGUCAUCUUGAAUUAACAAGCUUUCAUGUGUCUAAAAGCUAAUGCUAAUGCUAAUGCUAAGCUAAAGCUCGACUGUUAGCUCCCAGGCUACAACAGCUGGUUGUCAACCAUUGUAACGUUACUAUUCAGAGAAUAGACACACUGUAAGCUGUAUUUGGUUAAAUACAAUGUUUUGAAUUAAUAGGACAGAUAAACACUAGUCCUACAUAUCAAAAUAAAGAAGCUAGCUACGUUAGUUGCUAGGUUACUGUGUUAAUAGCAGACUCACUGUGAAACCAACACGUGAAGAGAAACACCAGAGUAUCGCAGCUUUCCUUGUUUAAAAUAGGAAGUCUAUACCUCAGACUGACUUUCAGUGUAUUCAAUAGUGUACUGGUUAAUCUCACAACCUGUUACAGUCACUCCUCAUGGCUGCUUUAGGCUUUACUCCUGCCAGUGGACUGGAUCUGUUCACUAUUGAAACAAGCGAACAAUCCAGCUCUAAAACAAAUAGUGUACUUAAUGGGGAAGAGGUCAAGCAGUUCUACGAAAAUUUAAUUAAAGAAGGUAAAGGGCAAGAUGCAAUUAGCAAGAGAGAUUAUGGCAGAGAGCAUCAGAAUAAACAGAGGAGCAGAGAGUCCAGUAGAAGAGAGAGGAGGAGGAGAGUCAGGGGUCAAACAGAUGCUGUGGUACAAAGUGGGAUUAGUGGUGAAAGUGGAGGCAACCAAAGAAGAGAGACAAGCCACUCAGAAAGGACCAUGGAGCUCCUGGGGCUCAGGUUGCUGCGUUGUGCCCAUGGAGGGGACAUCUCUGGCGUCAAAGACCUGCUCUCAAAGGGGGUCGAUAUCAACUUCCAGGAUACUUACUUCUGGACAGCGGUGAUGUGUGCAAGCUGGUCAGGACAAAGAGCUGCGGUGAGGCUGCUGCUGCAACACGGAGCAGCCUGGGUCGGAGUGGUUGAUACACAGGGCAGGGAUGCCAAAGACCUGGCACUGGAAGCGGGCCGCAAUGACGUAUUGGAAGAGUUGGAGAGCUAUGGGAGAAGUACACAAAGAGACACACAGUCUGAUAGCAGUGCCCCCCAACCUCAGUGGUGCGGUGUGUGUUGUAACGAGUACAGCAGCAGCCUGUCAUCACAUCUGUCCUCCACUAUACAUCUGUUCAGUCUGCGGCGUGCUCCACCCACCCCCUACUACUGCCUCCCCCCCUCCAGCAACAGCUACAAGAUGAUGGUUCGUUGCGGCUGGAAACCGGGGACAGGACUGGGGCCAGAGGGAGAGGGGCCUCACCAGCCAGUGCCAACUGUGCUGAAAAGAGACCAGGAAGGCCUCGGCUAUGGACACAUGAAAAGAGCAAAAGUUACUCACUUCCAACCCAGAGAUCGUGACGCAGUGAAACCACCAUCCAAGAAGAAAGAGGAGCGAACAGGAAAAGGACAGAGGAAGGAAGAAAGUAGGAGAAAGGAACAGAUAGAUAAGACCUGGGAAAGAGAUUUUCGUGCCUCUUUUUAUCUUUGAUUCCUGCUCACAGUGACUUUUCUACAAGCCCUCUCUCCCAAACACAUCUCAAAACAUUAAACAGAUCUAUUUCAAAGACAAAUUGUACCUGUUUUUUUAACUGUGGAGGUGUUUGUAAAAAUUGUGUCUAGAAGGUAACCCACAAAUUGCGAAAUCUGGCAAAAACUUGUAAAACUCUCGCAAGACUUGCUGCCUGACGACCUUUCCUAACCUGAAAUAUUCCAGCUCCAUGCCUAACCUUAAAUAUUUGAGGUCAAAGCCUAACCUUAACUAUACGCGAUCAAUGCAUAACUUCAACUAUUCGAGAUCAGUGCCUUAACCUAAUCAUCUCGUGAGAGUUUCUCAACUCAUGGGUUACCUUCACACAAGACUGUUUGUAAUGCUGCUGGGAGGUGUUCACCCACUUUGGCUCUACCUCAAAGCUGAUACUGUGUCCAUAUAUGGAACUAGUAGUGCAAUGACCAAAUGUGGCAUUGACUGAUUUAAUCUUUAUCUUUAAUGUGUUUUUUAGUCUGUGACCAAAUGUGGUGUGUUGUUUACUGCUGAUCCACUAAGACUGUUUCAAAAGGUGAAUGGAUUUUAUUUACAAUUAUGAAAAAAUACAUACACACACCGUGAACCCUGUUUAUGUAUCAUGAUCUAGGAAAAGAAACGUUUUAAAUGUCAAAGAGGUAUUUUGAUAUGUUUUAUAUGGUAAUACAAAUUAAACAUUAUUGAGACAUAACAACCCUUUAUUUGUAAGUCCUAAUUAAAGGAAAAACAGUUUAGAUAUUUGAAGUUGUAUCUGAGUGACUGCAGUAAUGAUGUUAAAGGUUGUUUGAGUCACAUGCUUGUGCAUAUCUGCCCUAUCAGCAUGUCACGCGGCUGUGCUAUUAUAACCUCACAUUUAGCCAAGUAAACCUGUCUUGCAAGUUCUUGCAUCAGUCAAGAUUGUUAUAA